CUACGCCGUACAGGCGGGCGUACCCCAUUGGGAAUAGCGGCCUACAAUGGGCAUAAUGAAGUGGUUAAGUUGCUGCUGAGUCAUGAGGGCUGCGAUGUUGACGGUCGGGAUGAUCAGGGGUGUACCCCUUUGUGGCAGGCGGCGCGCAACGGACGAACGCAGGCCUUGCGCCUGCUCCUGGCCGCUGGGGCGGACCCUUCCAUUCCCGGGGAACAGGGAUGGCAGGCUAUCGACGUUGCACGGGAGAAGGACCGGGCGGAAUGCAUUUCCUUGCUAGAAGGGGAAGAGCGGGCAUACGUGCUUUCCAAAAUCCGGCGCCUAUGGCGGGAGGAGCACCUGCAGGCAGGAUUGGAGCGAGGCAGAGUCGUGAGACGGGGGAAAGCCCCACCUUUUCUGGUGAAUGGCAUGUCGAAAGGUGAGGGAGCUGCGAACAGCAACCUUGUGCUGCUGAGGGGGGGUGGUGCGGGCUCGGCGAGGGGGUUGGUUCAUGGAGAGGGAGGUAACGGUGGGGGCAAUAAUAAAGUCGGGAGCGACCGGGUGCGGGGAGAUGGUGGCGCUGCUAGCUCGUCACAAGAAGCGUGCCAAGGGCUCCCCCGGGUGGAGACGGAAGAAGACGAUGAACACGGUCUUAAAUCCCGCGCCCCGGACAGCGCCAAGGCGGCCGCCCACUACGUCGUCGAACAGAUGCGAUUUGACGUCUUCAUCAUCAUGCGCGACCUGCUGGCCCUCUCCUCCACUUCCCUGUCAGCGCCAUUUGGAUAAGGUUGCGGUGACCAUUCAUUGAGAAUUGGUGUCUGAAGUUGUCGAAAAGAAAAGCAAACUACGUCUUCGAUUGACA